GCGGCGACGUGGUGUGCACCGGCUGGCUGAGGAAAUCGCCUCCCGAGAAGAAGUUGAGGCGCUAUGCCUGGAAGAAACGCUGGUUUAUCCUGCGGAGCGGCCGGAUGAGUGGUGACCCCGACGUCCUGGAGUACUACAAAAAUGAUCACUCCAAGAAGCCCCUGCGCAUCAUCAACCUGAACUUCUGCGAGCAGGUGGAUGCAGGCCUGACCUUCAACAAGAAGGAGCUGCAGGACAGUUUCGUGUUCGACAUCAAGACCAGCGAGCGCACCUUCUACCUGGUGGCCGAGACGGAGGAGGACAUGAAUAAGUGGGUCCAGAGCAUCUGCCAGAUCUGCGGCUUCAACCAGGCAGAAGAGAGCACAGACUCCCUGAGGAACGUCUCCUCCGCCACGCACGGGCCGCGCUCCUCUCCAGCGGAGCUCAGCAGCUCCAGCCAGCACCUCCUCCGGGAACGGAAGGCCUCGGCCCCGUCGCACUCCAGCCAGCCGACCCUGUUCACCUUCGAGCCCUCGCUGUCGAACCACGCGCAGCCGGCCCUGUCCACCAGCGCGCCGCAGGAGUACCUCUACCUGCACCAGUGCAUAAGCCGGAGGGCCGAGAACACACGGAGUGCCAGCUUCUCGCAGGGCACCAGGGCCUCAUUCCUCAUGAGAAGCGACACAGCCGUGCAGAAACUUGCCCAGGGCAACGGGCAUUGUGUCAACGGGGUCGGUGGUCAAGUCCACGGCUUCUACAGCCUCCCGAAGCCAAGCCGGCACAAUGCCGAGUUCAGAGACAGUGCCUACGACCUCCCCCGGAGCCUGGCCGCCCACGGCCACACCAAGGGCAGCCUCACCGGCUCCGAGACAGAUAACGAGGACGCGUAUACCUUCAAGAUGCCCAGCAGCACCCUGUGCCGGGAGUUUGGGGACCUCCUGGUGGACAACGUGGACGUUCCGGCCACCCCGCUCUCGGCCUACCAGAUCCCUAGGACGUUCACGCUGGACAAGAACCACAACGCCAUGGCAGUGGCCACGCCUGGGGACUCGGCCAUAGCUCCCCCGCCCCGGCCCCCCAAGCCAAGUCAGGCAGACACACCUCGAUGGGGCAGCCCUCAGCAGAGACCCCCCGUCGGGGAAGGCAGCAGAUCGGUCUCUGCCGCCGCCACCAUCCCCAGGCGUAACACCCUCCCAGCCAUGGACAACAGCCGGCUUCACCGAGCUUCUUCCUGCGAGUCCUAUGACUACCCGCAGCGUGGUGGAGACAGUGCCGGCCGCUCUGCCGAGUCCAUGAGCGAUGCAGUCAGCGCUUUCCUGCCAGCGAAAGCAGUUGUGGGUCGAUCAGACAGCACCAAUUCCGAGGACAACUACGUGCCCAUGAACCCAGGCUCCUCCACCCUGCUGGCUUUGGAGCGAGCCGGUGAUAACUCCCAGAGUGUCUACAUCCCCAUGAGCCCGGGGCCACAUCACUUUGACCCACUCGGCUACCCCUCCUCAGCCCUCUCUCUGCACCGAGGCUCCAGCAGAGGGAGUGAGAUCCAGCCACCCCCUGUAAACCGCAACCUCAAACCUGACCGGAAGGCAAAGCCAACACCACUUGACCUGAGAAACAACACCGUCAUCGACGAGCUCCCCUUCAAGUCCCCCGUCACCAGGUCUUGGUCCAGGGCCAUCCACUCCUUCAACCCCAGCUCCUCCCAGUACUGCCGCCCCAUCUCUACUCAGAGCAUCACCAGCACCGACUCCGGAGACAGUGAAGAGAACUACGUCCCUAUGCAAAACCCUGUGUCUGCAUCUCCCGUUCCCAGCGGCACCAACAGCCCAGCCCCUAAGAAGAGCACUGGCAGUGUGGAUUAUCUGGCCCUGGACUUCCAGCCGAGCUCCCCGAGCCCCCACCGCAAGCCAUCCACGUCAUCGGUCACUUCCGACGAGAAGGUGGACUACGUUCAAGUGGACAAGGAGAAGACCCAGGCCCUGCAGAACACCAUGCAGGAGUGGACAGACGUGCGGCAGUCCUCGGAGCCCUCCAAGGGCGCCAAGCUGUGACGCCCCGCGCCCAGGGAGGGGCCCGGAGGCCCCGUCUGCAGAGCCGGCCUCCGGUCUGCUCGCCCUUCGCCUCUGCAGCACGCCCUCCUGCCCACCUCCUCUCUCCUCUGCCACUCUGGCCUUCAAAGCACUUGGCAUCAGGGACCCUGACCCCUUCCCCCUGGGAGGCAAGGGCCUGAUCGAGGCACUUCCUCCGCCCUCUCCGGGCCCACCUUUGAUUUUUAUCAGCAAUGGCCAUCCUACCUUAGUUAGAGCUCUUGCCAAAAAGCCUCCUCCAGCCUCCGCCUGCCCUUCAGACCCGAGUAUCUACCGGACGUGUGGGGGCGGGGCCGCGGCUCUGAGCCGAUGCACCUCACCGUCCGGCCUCCAGCUGCUGGGCUCCCAGCCUCGGUCCCGGAAGAGGCCACAUCGUCCCGCUGACCAGGCGGCCGAGGAGCAGCAGGCCAGUGUGGACACGGACCUCUUCGUCCCUGUCGCCCUUGGCAGGGGCGGGGCGGGGCCACCCAAAGGCGGAGGAGCCGCGGAGGAAGGUCAGAGGCGGUCUUGAGGGACAGAGGAAUUGGAGCCCGAGACGCGGAAGGGCAGUGCAGCCCCGCAGUGGUUUCGGGGCAGCCCCCCACUUUCAGGGGUGGGAGAGGUGGAGGGAGGGAGAGGCUGGGGACGACCGGCCACCAAGAACCCAGAGCGGGGCUCAGAGCCCGGAAGAUGGGGAGACAGACGCUGCGGGGCCGGGCCCCUGGGACCGUGAAGCCACAG